AUGGUCAGACAUUUACAACUAUUAGACAAUCCAAUUGUCUCAAAGUUAAAGCAAUCGGAACUCAAUCCAAUCAUGUUAGAAAAUGCGUAUCAUAGUCCGGAGAAGUCUGAAGUUGAUUCAGACAAUGAUUCAAAUGAAAAUCGUAUUAUAAUACGAGAUAUCAAGUGGAGAAGUGAUUGCUUGCGAAUGUUUUUAAGAGACUAUUUGGACGUAUUAUUUUAUCAGCAAACAGUUGAUAAAAGAAGACGAAAACGAGUUUUCGAUAAUUCUCAGUAUGCUCUGGGAGAGGAAACUGCUCCAUUAAACGCACCUCAAUGGACGAGAUCUGAAUACAAAGGAUUGAUGUUAUCGAUUAUAACCGGAAAGUUAAAAAAAUAUAGAGAAAAUGAUGAUGAUGAUGAUAUUGGACACCAUUCAAGAAAGAAACCAAAAUCGGUUGAAGGGAUCCAUGAUGAUGAUGAUGAUAUUGGACACCAUUCAAGAAAGAAACCAAAAUCAGUUGAAGGGAUCCAUAAUGUCAAAUAA